CCUAGAUCGCCGCCCACUUCCGGGAAGAGGCUUCCGGCCAUGGCGGCGCACCUGAGGCUCCGCGGGGUGCUGGCGCUGGUCACCGGGGCCGGCAGCGGGAUCGGGCGGGCGGUGAGCCUCCGCCUGGCCCGCGAAGGCGCCACGGUGGCGGCGGCGGACGUGGACGAGGCGGCGGCGGGCGAGACGCUGCGGGCGAUGCCGCCGGGGGACCACCGGGCCGCCCGGGUGGACGUGAGCUGCGCCGAGAGCGUGGCGGAGCUGCUGCGGGGGUUGCAG